UCCCACUCUAAUCGUGCCAAUCGGUGGUGCACUGUGUCCCUCGGACGCAGCGGACUACCAAUCAGCGGAAAGAGCCAAUGAAAGAGCCACAUAUCAGUGCCCAUCUGAGCUGCCUUUCAGUGCCACCUAUCAGUGCUGCCAAUCAGUGCCACCUAUCAGUGCCCGUUAAUGCUGCCUAACAGUGCCAGUCAGUGCUGCCUAACACUGCCGCCUAUCAGUACAAGUCAGUGCUGCCUAUCAGU